AUGAAAUUCUUCGCUGUUUUAGCUGUGGCUCUGGCUUGCGCAGCUGCAGAUGUCGCACAUUUGAAGGAUGACUAUGCUCCCAUCGUCAAGUCCAGCUACGAUAUCGGCCCCGACGGUGCAUUCCAAUAUGCGUACGAAACCGGUAAUGGUAUUUCUGCACAAGCUCAAGGCGCAUUGAAGGACCCUCAGUCUGACCACGCGGCUCAAGUUGUCCAAGGCGGGUACAAAUACGUAUCUCCUGAUGGAACGCCCAUCGAAGUUUCUUACAUCGCUGAUGAGGAAGGCUUUAAACCCCAGGGCAGCCAUCUCCCCGUUCCCCCACCGAUACCUGAGGCCAUCGAACGCAGUCUUGCCUACAUCGCUGCCCACCCUCCUCCAGUUGAAAGUGCCGUCAAGUCUAAAUUUUAA